GGGUCGCGGAGAAACUAGUACCGGGAGCCCGGAGGAGUCACUGCCGCCCGUGCUGCCCUGUCCGCGCCGCACCUCGGCAGCCGGAACAGGGUCGCCGUCGGGGAGGCCGGGAGCACGAACUCUAGUUCAGCAUGAUGGACUUGGAGCUGCCGCCGCCUGGGCUGCCGUCCCAGCAGGACAUGGAUUUGAUUGACAUACUUUGGAGGCAAGAUAUAGAUCUCGCAGUAAGUCGAGAAGUAUUUGAUUUUAGUCAGCGACGGAAGGAGCAUGAGCUGGAAAAACAGAAAAAACUUGAGAAGGAAAGACAAGAACAACUCCAGAAGGAGCAAGAGAAAGCCUUUUUUGCUCAGUUACAGCUAGAUGAAGAAACAGGUGAAUUUCUCCCAAUUCAGCCAGCGCAACAUAUCCAGUCAGAAACCAGUGUAUCUGCCAACUACUCCCAGGUUGCCCACAUUCCCAAAUCAGAUGCUUUAUACUUUGAUGACUGCAUGCAGCUUUUGGCCGAGACAUUCCCUUUUGUAGAUGACAAUGAGGUUUCUUCAACGAGGUUUCAGUCACUUGUUCUGGAUAUUCCCAGCCACACUGAGAACCCAGUCUUCACUGUUCCUAAUCAAGCUCAGUCACCUGAAACUGGUGUCAGUCAGUCAGCCGUCACUGAUUUAGACAGUAUGCAGCAGGACAUUGAGCAAGUUUGGGAGGAGCUAUUAUCCAUUCCAGAAUUGCAGUGUCUCAAUAUUCAGAAUGACAAGCUGGUCCCAGAGAACAGUGCGGUUCCAAGUCCAGAAACCCAGCUGACAGACAUUGACAACAAUUACCAUUUCUACUCAUCAUCAAUCCCCUCACUGGAAAAAGAAGUAGGUAACUGCAGUUCACAUUUCCUAAAUGCUUUUGAAGAUUCCUUUAAUAGCAUUCUCUCCACAGAAGAUCCCACCCAGUUGCCAGUGGACUCGUUAAAUUCAAAUGUCACAGCAAAAGAUUUUGGUGAUGAAUUUUAUUCUGCUUUCAUAGCAGAGCCCAGCAACAGUGUGCCCUUCUCUGCUGCUUUAAGCCAGUCAAUCGCUGAACUUCUGAAUGGGCCCAUUGAUGUUUCUGAUCUGUCCCUUUGUAAAGCUUUCAACCAAAGCCACCCUGAAAGUGCAGCAGAAUUCAAUGAUUCUGACUCUGGCAUUUCACUGAACACAAGUCCCAGCAUGGCCUCACCAGAACACUCAGUGGAAUCUUCUGUCUGUGGAGACACACCACUGGGCUUCAGUGAUUCUGAAAUGGAAGAGACAGAGUGUGUCCCCCGAAGUGUCCGGCAGAAUGGCCCCCAAACACAGCCAGUACAGUCUCCUGGGGAUACAGUUCAACCCUCGUCACAACCUCAGGGGCAGAGAGCUCCGGUGUGUGAUGUCCAGUGUGAGAACACGCCCAAGAAAGAAUUGCCAGGAAGUCCUGGUCAUCGGAAAACCCCAUUCACAAAAGACAAGCAUUCAGGCCGCUUGGAGGCUCAUCUCACAAGAGAUGAGCUAAGAGCAAAAGCUCUCCAUAUCCCAUUCCCUGUAGAAAAAAUCAUUAACCUCCCUGUUGAUGACUUCAAUGAAAUGAUGUCCAAGGAGCAGUUCAAUGAGGCUCAACUUGCAUUAAUUCGAGAUAUACGAAGGAGGGGUAAGAAUAAAGUGGCUGCGCAGAAUUGCAGAAAAAGAAAACUGGAAAAUAUAGUAGAACUGGAGGAAGAUUUGGAUCAUUUAAAAGAUGAAAAAGAAAAAUUGCUUAAAGAAAAAGGAGAAAAUGACAAAAGCCUCCAUCUAUUGAAAAAACAACUAAGCACCUUGUAUCUCAAAGUCUUCAGCAUGCUACGAGAUGAAGAUGGAAGACCAUACUCUCCUAGUGAGUACUCCCUGCAGCAGACGAGAGAUGGCAACGUAUUCCUUGUUCCCAAAAGUAAGAAGCCAGAUGUUAAGAAAAGUUAGAUUUUGGAUGACCUUUCCUGAAGUAGUUUGUUUUUUUUGUACUGUUUAUACUAAAAGCUCCUACUGUGAUGUGAAAUGCAGAAAUAUACUUUAUAAGUAAUUCUAUGCAAAAUUAGUCAGAACUAGAGUAGAAUAUAAAGCUUUCAAAAGCAUUAAAAUAAGUUAUCAGUAUGCUGAAUCAGUAGUUUCACUGUAACUGCAAAGUUAAUUUCUCAGAACACCAUUUGGGCUAGUUUCUAUAUAAGUGUAAAUACUACAAAAACUUCUUAUUUAUACUGUUCUUAUCUCAUUUGUUACAUUCAUAGAUUUAUAUAUGACAUCUGGCUAAAAGCAAAUUGUUGCAAAACUAACCACUAUGUACUUUUUUUUAAUAAAUAUUGUCUGAAUAAAAAAAAUGGCAUUUUUUAUAUUAAAUUGUUUAGCUCUGGCCAAAAAAAAAAAAAAAAUAGUUGAAAGCUGAUACUAAUAAAGAAAUAUUAUGACUAUU